UUGAAGAGUGGACUUCGGUCAAACAUUAUCAACCAACUCAAGUGAACUCUGACCCCUGGGAUCUGCUUUUCUGCCGUGAGAAAACAAUCAGUCUAAAUAAUUGUCAUUUUUUGCUGGAUGACAUUUUCUGUUGAUAUGAGGGACCGUGGAUAAAUGAGUGAAAGCUUUACAACAUUUGGCGAAGAUGACGCAGAACAUGUUCCAGGAGGGGUUGUACCAGGUGUUUUUUAAAGAGAGACCCUCAACCCGCCCACUGACCCAGGUUACCAAACACGGGGAGCUAAUCAACGGCAGGAUUCAUCGAUGGUUUGGGACGGUGGUUAAUACCAGACUUUUAGUCACAGGAGUGGUGCAGAUCCUCAGUGCAUUAACAUGCAUACUGGCCACAGUCACCCAUGCAUGUGUGAGCUACAGCUGCUCCAUCCGCAUGACGACGCCAGUGUGGUCAAGCUUAUUUUAUGUGGCUGCUGGGUUUCUGGCUAUGGAGGUUCAAAGGAAAGCUAAUAAAUUAAAGAUUAUCGCUCUGAUGGGUCUGAACCUCUUUAGUCUAUUGUUUGGCUUCUCUGCUCUCCUGGCCAACAGCCUCAGGUCAACUCAGCCUGUCGUGCUCAACACAGACCAACAGCGUAUUGGUUCAUAUGUUGCAAAGGGGAGCUCCAUAGCGUUUACCCUACAGUGUUGCCUGGCGUCACUCUAUAUACUUUUCCUGUCGUUGAGAGGCCUGCGUCGCUACAGUUCUUCCCACACUCAGGCCUACAGCCGCCUCUCACAGGAUCCAAAUGAAACCAACGGGCCUCUACUGGAACAAGUGGAAUACACUCAGUGAAACUCAAAGACCUGAAAAAAGACACUUCUGCUUGAUCAGCGUUUUUUUUUUUAAUGUAAAGUCAGUUACCUUUGUUUAUAAGCGUCUGUGUGGUUGGUAUGACCCAAAAUUGUUUUAAAUAUUGUGAAAUUCAGUUUCACUUCUCCUUUGGGAUUCCAAAAAGCUUCAAAUUCACUUCCCCAAUCAAAGAGCAACAGCAGAGUUUAAACCCACAAAAUAUAAACAGCAUGUUAAUUAAAUACUGUGAAUACAACACACAGAGUUGACUUUUUAAACAUUUCAAUCAAAAUAUAUAUGUUUUUAAAGCUCAGCUAUCUGUUCAUCCAACAUUGUUAAAACUGAUUCCAGUUUCCCAUUUUGCUGCUCUGUGCUGAACACUAGAGGGCAGCAUUGCCACUGAUUUGUCAUGUUAUUCUGUGAGAUCCACAAAUCAGCUCCCUCUGUUUAGUGCAAGAAGAAUAGAUGAUGAAAUUGUUUCACAUCAGUUGCCAAAAAUAGAAGUAGAAACACUAGUUGUUGGUCAGGGCAAUGCCAUAUAUUGUAGAGAAGAUGAAUGCACACUAAGCUGCGAUUAUUUAACCAACAAUGUUUGCAACAAAGGGAAUUAACUGUUUUAAUCGAAUGUCCAUUGAGUGUAAAUAAAUGCUCUGUUUUAGUAAGCC